AAAGGCAGGAGCUCCCUGAGCCCCGCAUUUCUGAUCCAACAUAGACUCAGAAAGAACUCACCAUGGUGCUGUCUGCAACUGACAAGGCCAACGUCAAGACUUUCUGGGGCAAGCUCGGCGGCCAUGGCGGCGAGUAUGGCGGCGAGGCUCUGGACAGAAUGUUCCAGGCCCACCCCACCACCAAGACCUACUUCCCCCACUUCGACCUGAACCCGGGCUCCGCUCAGGUCAAAGGCCAUGGCAAGAAGGUGGCAGAUGCUCUGACCACUGCUGUGAACAACCUGGACGACGUUCCAGGAGCCCUGUCUGCCCUGAGCGACCUGCACGCGCACAAGCUGCGUGUGGACCCCGUCAACUUCAAGCUCCUGAGCCACUGUCUGCUGGUGACCCUGGCCCUCCAUCACCCCGCAGACUUCACCCCCGCGGUGCACGCCUCCCUGGACAAGUUCUUGGCUACAGUGGCCACUGUGCUGACCUCCAAGUACCGUUAAGCCACAGCCUGUCCAGUCCCUGUCCUGCGGGGCGUCCCCAACUUCUCAAUAAAGUCUGAUGGGCAGCA